AUGAAUGACGCCAAUCCUGAUGCCCCCCAGAGGCCGCUGCAUCGUCGCGAGACAUCCGACGAUAUCAAGAUGAGCGAAAUUGAUGAUGAUGAAACGCCUCCUGCAACGACGAUCCGCGCCCUUGUGUCGACCAAGGAAGCUGGCGUGAUUAUUGGCAAGUCAGGCAAGAAUGUCAAAGAGAUUCGCGAACUCUCUGGGGCUAGGGUUAAUAUUUCGGAAAUGAUCCCCGGAGCUACUGAGCGUGUCUUGACUGUUGUCGGACCAUUGGAUGCCGUUGCCAAGGCGUUUUCUUUGAUUGCUAAAACAACAAUUGCCGAGCAAGCUGGAGCAGAUGUAGAACCAGAGUCAGAGUCAACAACCAUACGCAUCUUGGCCGGUAACCACAAGAUGGGAUCGGUGAUUGGCAAGGGCGGAUCCAAGAUCAAGGAGGUGCAGGAGGCUUCGGGAGCUCGAAUCACGGCCUUGGAGGAAUUACUACCCAACUCCACCGAACGCGUUGUUUCCGUCAUCGGAGUCCCUGAUGCGAUCCACAUUGCUGUUUACCAUAUUGGACUGAUUCUGGAGGAGAAGACGGAGCGGGAUCGCUACGGCAGCGCAAACACUGUACAUUACAAACCUGUCUCCCGCGACGCCUACGGAGCUGGUGGAGCCAUGGGAGGACACGGAUCAUCUCGUCACGGUGGCGGCAGUGCUCACUCAUCUUUCUACAGUGGCAGUGGCUCAGGAGGUUUUGGAUCACACCUUCACGCAGGUCCGAUGGCCCCUUACACUCAGGAAUAUGGUGCCUCUUCAGGUUCUGCCGCGCACACACAAGCUCAGCAGAUCUUUAUUCCCAACGACAUGGUUGGAAGCGUUAUCGGCAAGGGUGGAUCCAAGAUUAACGAAAUCCGCAAGACGUCCGGAUCACAGAUCUCCAUUGCCGACCAACCCAACAAGUCCGGUGACGAGCGUUUGGUCACUAUCACUGGCACUCCAGAGUCGAACCAGAUGGCCAUUUAUUUGUUGUAUUCGCGUCUUGAGAGCGAGAAGGACCGUCAGCAAAUCUAA